AUGGCGGUGCAAUCCAAGUUGCUCCCUCCAGGGCGCACUGUCAAACAACUAAUCUCGAACCUGACGUCUUUGUACCUCAAAAACAGAACCAAAGUCUCGCGAACCGUCUAUAUCACGCUAGUAGUGGCUCUCAUACAUCGAAUACACAAUGCCAUUUCGGAGCAAAAGGCCGCCGCGGCCAGAAGACAGGACGACUUACGGGUGGCACGUACGCGGCAGAGCGACGAAGCAGCCCAGGAGUCGGAACCUGAAAAGAACAAAAAAACAAAGAGGGUAGAAAUCAACAGAGAGUUUCUGCGCAAUCUGUUCAGGCUUCUCAAGAUUGUCAUCCCGGGCUGGCGGAGCAAAGAGUUGCGCCUGAUUGUCAGUCACAGCGUGUUCCUGGUUCUGCGCACUCUGCUCUCGGUCUACGUGGCAGAAUUGGACGGCAAGGUUGUGUCGGCGUUGGUCAAAGGCCGCGGACGAGACUUUAUCUUGGGGCUGGUAUGGUGGAUGCUGGUGGCGAUUCCGGCGACCUUCACGAACUCGAUGCUGCAGUACCACCAGACGCGACUGGCGCUGACGUACCGGACACGCCUCGUGAACCACGUGCAUGAAAAGUACCUCGACAACGAAAACAUGACCUUCUAUGCCCUGUCAGCGCUGGACGACCGGAUCAAGAACGCCGACCAACUCGUGACCGUCGACAUUGCCCGCUUCAGCAACUCGCUGGCAGAGCUGUACUCGAAUCUUGCCAAGCCGAUCCUAGACAUGGUCAUCUACAACUAUUCUCUCUCCAAGUCUGUUGGCGGCGAGGGCUUGUUUGCCAUGGCGUUACUGGUGCAGCUGUCGGCCAAUGUGAUGCGGGCCCUGACGCCGCCGUUUGGACGAUAUGUCGCGGACGAGGCGCGGCUGGAGGGAGAGUUUCGUUUUCAGCAUACGCGCCUCAUCGAUUACAGCGAAGAAAUCGCCCUGUACGCGGGGCACGAGGCGGAAAAGGACGCACUGGAUAAAGGGUACUUCACGCUGAUCAAGCACGUCAACCGCAUCUUGCGGAGACGCUUCUACCAUGGCUUCAUGGAGGACUUUGUCAUCAAGUACUUCUGGGGAGCGCUUGGGUUGAUUCUGUGUUCGCUGCCCGUCUUCUUCAAGAUCCCCGGUCAGACGCUCCAGGCCGCGGGUGAUCACACAGAGAGCUUUGUCAAAAAUCGAAGGAUGCUACUGAGUAGCUCGGACGCGUUCGGGCGGAUCAUGUUUUCGUACAAGGAGAUCACCGAGUUGGCGGGGUAUACGUCUCGCGUCGCCGGGUUGCUGGAGGUCAUGGACGAGGUGCGCGCGGGCAGGUUCGAGAAGAACUUGGUCAGCUCGGCGAGCAUCGAGGAGAAUGCGGCGGUGCUACAGGGCAGAGGAAGCAUCGAGGAAAGCACAAACAUCGAGUUCAAGGACGUCCCCAUUGUCAGUCCCAACGGUGACGUCCUGGUGAAGAAGUUGACAUUUGCCAUCAAGCCCGGAGACCACUUGCUCAUCGUCGGGCCCAACGGCUGUGGCAAGUCCAGCCUGUUCAGAAUCCUCGGUGGUCUCUGGCCCGUGUACGGUGGGAGUGUGAAGAAGCCCAGCUUCGAGGAUAUCUUCUACAUCCCCCAGCGGCCGUACCUGAGCCGGGGCACGCUGCGGGACCAGAUCAUCUAUCCGGACACAUUGUACGAGUUCCGUGCGAAGAACGGGUCCGAGGAUGCCCUGAGGGAGAUUCUCGUCGUUCUAGAAAUUGAGUCGAUCCUCAACCGGCCCAAUGGCUGGGACGCGGUGGAGGAAUGGCGAGACGUGUUUUCUGGUGGCCUUCAGCAGCGCAUCGCUAUGGCCAGGCUCUUUUACCACAAGCCCAAAUACGCCAUCUUGGACGAAUGCACCAGCUCGGUGACUCUGGAGAUGGAGAGGAAAAUGUACGAGACUGCAAAGGGGCUCGGAACGACGCUCAUGACGGUGAGCCAUCGACGCAGUUUAUGGAAGUAUCAUAGCGUGAUUCUCCAGUUUGAUGGACAGGGAGGAUACGUCUUUAGCAAGCUCGAUGCCGAGAGGAGGAUCAAAUUGGAAGAUGAGAAGGAGGAGUUAGAUGCUCUUCUUCGCGGUGUCGAAGGCUGGAAAGCAAGGUUGGCUGAGUUGGAGGGAUGA